GAGCAGAAGUCAGGUGAGGAGGAUGAGAAUGAUGAAGAGGAGGUGGUAGCGUACCUGGACGGUGCCGAUGGAGAGGAGUUUGACCCCAGCACGCUGCCCGACCCGGACAAACUAUGCUCCGACUCAGAGGAAGAAGAUGACCAGAGCAGGUAAAAACUAUAGGCUACUGUACCAGCUAGUUUUUAGGCUGAAACUGAAUGUAUGAUAGACUAAAGGCUCCAGCCAGAGCAUUUAAAAUCACUUGACAAUGCAGCCCCUACCCAUAAGGAUUUUGUGACUAGUAGAUCUGAAAGAACAGGCAUCAAUUCGACCAAGCCUAGAUGUCUGGAAUUCACUGUUACAUGUCCAAUAUUUUCAAAGCUACCAGACAGAAUCGAGAAGCCAUGGGCUUGUGAUCCAGCAAUGGUCUGACAUUUCUCAAGAAAUCCAUAUUGGAAAACAACGAGCUGCGCAGCGUUAUAGGACCGGCAGUCUGUUGUAGCGGGGGUUGUUUCUAUCGAGCAUUCCUAGAUUCAUUAGAUUUGCAGCGCUGUAUCCCUGCUCGUCUGCCUGGGGUUAUUGGGAUUCGAGGUGUAAUUGCCUCCAGAGCAGAACUAUACCCUUUCCAGGAGGGAGGACUCCCUUUGUAGCCCGCUGGCCGAGGCAUUGAUCGUGGGGUGUGUGGCAGCUAGGCUAUAAAGUGUGUAGUUAGAGGCAGAUUAAAAGUGGCAGCCGAGGGUGAAGGGCAACGUGGCCUCUCGCUACAGGGCAAUGCACCAAGGAUUUAAAGGCAGAGAGUCAGGCAGUACGAGGCUUCUGGUUUUCUGCUCCACAUCUUCCUCUCUUUUCUCGAGGUCUUAGGUGUCUGCUACGUUGUAUUGUCUUUGUGCUCUCGCGCUCUGACUUGAUUCUACUUACCUCUCUCUGGCCCUGUGCUGUUCGCUUCCUCACAUACACUUCUUUCUCUCUCUCUGCCUCUUUCUCUCCCUCCGCCUGCAUUUAUUACCCCCUCCCUCUCCCCUUGUGUGUGAAGGAGCAGGUGAUGUUCAUUCCAUCUCCUCCUCCUCCGUAAGCCCACUAGUCCAGAGGGCUGGGGGCGAGAGGAGAUUUAUGCAUCGCUCCACUCCCCCGGCGUUCACUGCAUGACUACGCUGGCCCGUUACCACGGAGAUCUACCACUAGCCUGCCUGCCUGCCUCUCUCCUCGGGACACUGGUUUAUACCAAGGAGGGGUUUCUCAGAACACCACUUAUUUAUCACCCUAACCUUGACACCUUCUACUGCACCCCCCUCCUCUCUCUCUCCCUCUCUCUCUUGCCUCCAGUGUAUAUUAACACCACCUCCUAGUGCCUUCCCCUGGCAGAUUUCCACACACCACUACUAUCUGUAAGAGAACCCUCCCUGUGCUGCUGGUUUAUGGCCUGGCCAUUGUUACAGCGCACCAAGGAUAUGCUGUACUGUCUAUCCAUUCCAUGUCCCUGCUGAGUCCAUCCAUGCCUGUACUGGCCUAUUCCUCUGGUUGACUGACUCCACUGCUCAUAUCCUGUGGUGAUGAUGAAUGACAGUGUAAUUGACAGUCUCCCUGGCUGACGUAAUCACUGAGUCGUUUGAUCGUGAUCUCCAGGGCAACAGCCGGUGACAUGAUGAGUAGCAGCACUAUCAGGUGUUUGGAUGGUUUGAUGUCCCCAGGACAGCUCUAAGGCCAAUUGGCUUUAAUUGGAUAUAGACAAUCAUUAGCAUGCUACUCGCUAACCAUAGGGGCGCAAUUGAUUGAUGCACAGCCUUUAGCAGCCCAUAUUACCCUCGUUUCUGACACUGUGUUAAUUAUGUAUCACCACCACCAAAAUCAGAAUCACGUUAUUCGCCAAGUACAAAAAUCAACUGUGCUAGUUUUUCAGGCUCUGGUCUUGUCCAAUCUUGAUUACAGUCUGGUAAUAUGGUCAAGUGCAGCAAAGAAAAACCUAGUAAAGCUGCAGCUGGCUCAAAACAGAGCAGCACGCUUUGCCCUUAACUGCACAUACAGAACUAACAUUGACAACAUGCAUGCCAGUCUUUCCUGGUUGAGGGUUGACGAGAGAUUUAACUGCUUCUCUUCUAGUUUUUAUUAUAAAUAUUACUGACGAAAAUUCCAGAUUGUAGGCAUAAUCAAAUAACAUUGAUUAUGUGCACUGCACCCGGCCCGCCACAGGAGUCGCUUGUGCGCGAUGGGACAAGAAUACCCCUGCCGGCUAAACCCUGUCAUCUCUCUUCACUCUCUCUCUAUGCCGCUUUCCACACAGACUUAGCCCCACCCUCUGUCACUCAAGGAGCACAUUUGUUGUUCCUCGACCAGGAGUCACUUGCGUUCAGUCUGCAUGGUCAAUGCAGCACAUACAACAAUGUUGAUGACAACGAUGCUGUUUUCACUUUGCUUCUUAUUAUAAAUCCACUAGCGUUCUAUAAUUACAUUUAGUUUGUGUUUCUUACAUCUGCAAGCAGCUAGUUUGUCUUUUCUUAGGAAGUUGGGCCUAAAUCUUGUUAGCCGCUAAUGGUAAUCGCUAGUUAGCUAGUUAGCUAGCUAAUAAAUGUACUGAGUCAGAGCAAACGUAAUUAGCUAUACAGCCUGAUAAUACCAGUGAUGGUGUAGACCUAAAUCAGCAUGUUGUUUGUGCAACAGUAUCUUCUAAAUCAAAGAGGAAUACGCGAAGCAUGAAUGUUAGCUACAUACAUUAGUGAAGAGAGAACAUUCAAUGUAGCCAAAGAUUAUAGGGUCCCCUAGGAAACACUUAUCAACACUUUGGUUCCUAAAAAAAACAAAAUAACACUUUGGUUCCUUACCUGUCACAGUAACUCAUCCCUGGCAUUUUCAUUCAUUGUCAUGUCAAACAACACUGUAUUCAAAGUGCCCACUAUUAAAUUCUAACUAUAGAAUUAGAAUAAUCAUUCUAUUUCCAUGAUUCCAACAGUUCACCAAAGUGUUUUGCGCUAAAUCGCAAGUCAAAUCGCAAUUGCACCAUUUGGUUAAAAAUAAGGCCUAGAUUGUUUCCCCAUAUCGUGCAGUGGCAGUGUGGAAAUUCUCAAAUGAGUGCUGGAAAUGCAGAAACUUUUCCAUAGCCUUUUUUGUUCAUCUUUACCUAGGGGCCAAUAAUUCAGGAGAGCGCUGUAUAUUGUUUUAUUUUAGAUUUGUGUUUUAUGUUUUUGUGUGGACCCCAGGUAGAAAUAGCUGCUGUUUCGGCAAAAGCUAAUGGAGAUCCGAAUAAACCAACCAAUACACAUACCCAGAAUUUGACUUGGUGAAUAGUUGCUGCCAGCAAUAGACAAUGUACAAACAGAAUACAGAAACAUAACCAACAUACGGAAUAAACUAUAUAAAUACAGAAAACAUAGAACUCUGGAGUAUAAACUGAUUUACAGUGAGGAUAUAAGGUGAGGCGAGUUACUUUUAACAGUAACCUUGCCAACCAUAAACAUGUAGGCAAGCGCAUUCUCUUGACAGUCUUUCAGCUAGCCAUAAAGAGGAGUAAUUUAACCCAAAGUAAAAAAGGAAGGGGAAAACCAGUGGUACAUUUGUCUUGCUUUGCUGUUUGUUAGUGCUGUCAGGGUGGUUCUCUCUAACCUUAGUCCAUGGUGAACACAACCUGAGCCCAAAUGAAGAACUUUGUUUGUAGAAAAUCUGUUUGGUGCAGAUAGUAAGAACAUUAGAUGUUGGGGAAUCGUCCCACCUGAUCGGAAUUAAUUAUGUUUGCAACACAACUUAAGCCAUGAUUGACGUGAGGGCCAUAACAUAUGAAACAUUCCCUCUUAUCAGUUGUUAACCCCAUUCCUGUCUAUAUAUUAUAUACCACCACAUACAGUUAUGUGUGGAUCCACAUGAGAAAAGCCUUAAAUUAUUCAACAGUUUCGUUUUUCAAAUCCGUUUUGGAAUACUGACAGUCCAAACAGCGAGUUACAAGUGACCAAAUCAGACUUGUGUGUGUUCAGACAGCAGUCAUUUGUUGACAUGGCAACGAUAGUUAUUAUCGUAAUGACGGGUGUGUGCAGUGGUGUAGGCUGGGUGGUGGUGGUGUGCUCGUGCUUCCUAUCACUCAGAAGUUAUGUAGCAAACAAAGGUGACGACAACGCCUGCCAUGGACAUUUCCCAAUGUAAGAGGCUUUUUUUUAAAGCCUCAAAGGAUAUGAUGAUCCAACUUUCAAAGAAAUUGCAUUUUAUGGAUAACAGUCUAAAAACCAUUGGAGGGCAAAUCACAUUUGACCGUUCAGACACAAGUCACAUGGCCAGGAAUCAGAUUUGUAUUUGACUUCUCAAACCACUUACGAAGGUGGUUUGAAUUGUGGCUUGAAAUAUCUGAUUCCAUGUGCUUUUUGGCUGUUCAGACUGCAGGAAAAAGAACAGAUUCUAAUUGGAUAUGCAAAAAAAUACACUGCUCAAAAAAAUAAAGGGAACACUUAAACAACACAAUGUAACUCCAAGUCAAUCACACUUCUGUGAAAUCAAACUGUCCACUUAGGAAGCAACACUGAUUGACAAUACAUUUCACAUGCUGUUGUGCAAAUGGAAUAGACAACAGGUGGACAUUAUAGGCAAUUAGCAAGACACCCCCAAUAAAGGACUGGUUUUGCAGGUGGUGACCACAGACCACUUCUCAGUUCCUAUGCUUCCUGGCUGAUGUUUUGGUCACUUUUGAAUGCUGGCGGUGCUUUCACUCUAGUGGUAGCAUGAGACGGAGUCUACCACCCACACAAGUGGCUCAGGUAGUGCAGCUCAUCCAGGAUGGCACAUCAAUGCGAGCUGUGGCAAGAAGGUUUGCUGUGUCUGUCAGCGUAGUGUCCAGAGCAUGGAGGCACUACCAGGUGACAGGCCAGUACAUCAGGAGACGAGGAGGCCGUAGGAAGGCAACAACCCAGUAGCAGGACUGCUACCGCCGCCUUUGUGCAAGGAGGAGCACUGCCAGAGCCCUGCAAAAUGACCUCCAGCAGGCCACAAAUGUGCAUGUGUCUGCUCAAACGGUCAGAAACAGACUCCAUGAGGGUGGUAUGAGGGCCCGACGUCCACAGGUGGGGGUUGUGCUUACAGCCCAACACCGUGCAGGACGUUUGGCAUUUGCCAGAGAACACCAAGAUUGGCAAAUUCGGCACUGGCGCCCUGUGCUCUUCACAGAUGAAAGCAGGUUCACACUGAGCACGUGACAGAGUCUGGAGACGCCGUGGAGAACGUUCUGCUGCCUGCAACAUCCUCCAGCAUGACCGGUUUGGCGGUUGGUCAGUCAUGGUAUGGGGUGGCAUUUCUUUGGGGGGCCGCACAGCCCUCCAUGUGCUCGCCAGAGGUAGCCUGACUGCCAUUAGGUACCGAGAUGAGAUCCUCAGACCCCUUGUGAGACCAUAUGCUGGUGCGGUUGGCCCUGGGUUCCUCCUAAUGCAAGACAAUGCUAGACCUCAUGUGGCUGGAGUGUGUCAGCAGUUCCUGCAAGAGGAAGGCAUUGAUGCUAUGGACUGGCCCGCCCGUUCCCCAGACCUGAAUCCAAUUGAGCACAUCUGGGACAUCAUGUCUCGCUCCAUCCACCAACGCCACGUUGCACCACAGACUGUCCAGGAGUUGGCGGAUGCUUUAGUCCAGGUCUGGGAGGAGAUCCCUCAGGAGACCAUCCGCCACCUCAUCAGGAGCAUGCCCAGGCGUUGUAGGGAGGUCAUACAGGCACGUACGUGGAGGCCACACACACUACUGAGCCUCAUUUUGACUUGUUUUAAGGACAUUACAUCAAAGUUGGAUCAGCUUGUAGUGUGGUUUUCCACUUUAAUUUUGAGGGUGACUCCAAAUCCAGACCUCCAUGGGUUGAUAAAUUUGAUUUCCAUUGAUAAUUUGUGUGUGAUUUUGUUGUCAGCACAUUCAACUAUGUAAAGAAAAAAGUAUUUAAUAAGAUUAUUUCAUUCAUUCAGAUCUAGGAUGUGUUAUUUUAGUGUUCCCUUUAUUUUUUUGAGCAGUGUAGUAUUUGAGUCACUUCAAACUGCCAAUGUGAACACUGCUUAAGUGUUGAUGAUUUAACCAGAACGAUUCUUUUAAAUGCAUUGAAACCAGUUAAUAAUGACUUAUGUUCCAAGGCCAUCAAAGUGCCUAUGUAAAGCACUUUGUCUCUAAAACUUGUCCAUCCAGUGUCUGCCUGCCAGCUAGUUUUCUAGGCUAGUUAAGGAUACUAUAGUUAUGAUUGUAUGUUUCACAUUGGAUUUAUUAAUAACAAAACGGUAAGACUUGUGUAAGUGUUUUGAAUUCUGGUGCCGCUGCGCACACAAGCUUGUUAGCUAGCUCUGGUCCAGGGCGUUGAGCUAGCCUCGGCGUUGAGCCAACUCUCUGACAUUUAAAGUUACUCCAUAUUAGCCGCUCCUCCGUAGCUACACUGAACAAAAAUAUAAACACAACAUGUAAAGUUGUUGGUCCCAUGUUUCAUGAGCUCAAAUGAAAGAUCCCAGAAAUGUUCCAUACGCUCACAAAAUCUUUUUUCUCAGAAAUGUUGUGCACAAAUUUGUUUACAUCCCUGUUAGUGAGCAUUUCUCAUUUUCCAAGAUAAUCCAUCCACCUGACAGAUGUGGCAUAUCAAGAAGCUGAUUAAACAGCAUGAUCAUUACACAGGUGCACCUUGCGCUGGGGACAAACGGUGGCAGAUGGCAGACCGCGUGUAUUGCGUCGUGUGGGCGAGUGGUUUGCUGAUGUCGACGUUGUGAACAGUGUGCCCCAUGGGGGAGGUUGGGUUAUGGUAUAGGCAGGCAUAAGCUACGGACAACGAACACAAUUGCAUUUUAUGGAUGGCAAUUUGAAUGCACAGAGAUACCGUGACGAGAUCCUGAGGCCCAUUGUUGUGCUAUUCAUGUUCCAGCAUGAUAAUGUACGGCCCCAUGUUGCAAGGAUCUGUACACAAUUCCUGGAAGCUGAAAAUGUCCCAGUUCUUCCAUGGCCUGCAUACUCACCAGACAUGUCACCCAUUGAGCAUGUUUGGGAUGCUCUGUAUCGACGUGUACAAUGGCGUGUUCCAGUUCCCGCCAAUAUCCAGCAACUUCACACAGCCAUUGAAGAGGAGUGGGACAACAUUCCACAGGCCACAAUCAACAGCCUGAUCAACUCUAUGCAAAGGAGAUGUGUCUCGCUGCAUGAGGCAAAUGGUGGUCACACCAGAUACUGACUGGUUUUCUGAUCCACGCCCCUACCUUUUUUGAAGGUAUCUGUGACCAACAGAUGCAUAUUUGUAUUCCCAGUCAUGUGAAAUCCAUAGAUUAGGGACUAAUGAAUUUAUUUCAAUUGACUGAUUUCUUUAAAUGAAUUGUAACUCAGCAAAGUCUUUGAAAUUGUUGCAUGUUGCGUUUUAUAUUUUUGUUCAGUAUAGAUUAAAAUUGCAAACAUAACUUACUCUGAUCAGGUGGGACCAUUCCCCAACUUAUCAUGUUUUCACUAUCUGCACCAAACAGAUUUUCUACAAACUAAGUUCUUCAUUUGGGCUCAGGUUGUGUUCACCAUGGACUAAGGUUAGAGAGAACCACCCUGUCAGCACUAACAAACAGCAAAGCAAGACAAAUGUACCACUGGUUUUCCCCUUCCUUUUUACUUUGGGUUAAAUUACUCCUCUUUAUGGCUAGCUGAAAGACUGUCAAGAGAAUGCGCUUGCCUACAUGUUUGUGGUUGGCAAGGUUACUUUAAAAGUAACUCAUUAGAAAUUAAUUGGAGGAAAACAGGCGAAACGAGGAGGUACCAUCUGAACUUAUCCAACAACAAAAAAACACUUGUUUUAGUUUUCCGUUGCAAACCGUUUUCCUACUGUGUUCCUUAAUGAAUAUGACCCCAAUGGGGGUUCUGCAUCUAAGGCAGCCAAUUUGUAUUCCUAGUGCUCACCACCCAGCCCCAGAGUUGUAGAGUGUCAUGAAUCGGAGGUGUAGAUAAUAGGAGAGACGACUCUAUCAGCAAUAACUGUGUUUCACUCUGCUUCCUGUUCACAUGAUAAAGCAUUCCCCUCUCAAUUGAUCCACAACAAUUGACUUCAUCAAAGUUAAGUCGUGUUCCCAAAGUUUUAGACGUGUUUUUUUUGGCUAAUUUUUUCAAUUAAUCCCAUUAUGCCAUUGCUGGUGUCUGAUCAUCCUGACACAGAGUCCUGGAGAUCUCUAUAGAACUGCUUAUUUCCACGCCAUCUCACAACUUUGAAUAAAGAGGGCCAGCUAUCUCCCCUAUCAGAUAGAUAUGAGACGGAUGCAUCUUUCCAUCCCUCUUAAUUACAAAGAACCGUGAGCAGCCGAAAGCAAUCAAACAGCUAGCAACAUUGGAAGACUUUUAACCAAGGUACCUCCCAGGGUUGCGUUCCUCUUCCUCUCUUACACAGAUCCCCAUGAACCACGGUAUCUCUCAUAACACCUUUCAAAGCCCAUCUCCAUAGACCGACCCUCAAUAUAAACCGCACUCCCAUUGAUGUGAGCUAAACUGAUUGUUAAAACCUUUUUCCUCUCUUUGUUUAAAGCCCUACUGCUGGGAUGAGGAAGCGCAGCCACAGUGACUGCAGCGAUGACUCUGGUGAGGAAGAAGAGGCAGCGGGAACCCGGAAGAGACCCAGGCAACAGGCAGCUGCCAAGCCCCUGGACACUGGCCUCUCUCUGGCUGAGGACGAAGAGCUGGUCCUGCAUCUGCUGGGGAACCGGCGCUAG